AUGUCCUACUACGGAGAAAGGGAUACCUACUACGGCGGGCCGCCUCAACCCACCUACGGCCGUCCUCCCUACGAGCAACAGCAACAACAACCACCCUACGGCCGGCCUCCCCACGACCGGCCCCCCUACGAGCAACAGCAACACCAGCCGUCCUACGAUCGCCCUCCGUACGACCGGCCCCCCUAUGAGCGUCCUCCCCCCGAACGCUCCCCCUCCUCCUUCGAUCCAUCCCGCCCUCGCUACGAGGGACCACCCUACAACAGCUCUUCGCCCGCACCUCCACCCUCCGCCCGCCCACCUCCAGGUUCCCCACCACCACUCCCCCUCGGCUGGGUCCAAGAAUGGGAACCUAGUCUCCGCCGCGCGUACUUCGUCGAGACAGCAACAGGCCGCUCGCAGUGGGAGACCCCCAUGCAAGACUCUGAGCACGCCAGGGGACUAGGUGGGCCCCCGCCGCAGUCGGCGGGCUACUAUGCUUCUCCUCCUCCCCCGCCGCCGCAAGACGGAGGCUACUACCCCCCUCCCGGGGGCGAGUAUCCGCCUCCGCAAGAGAAGAAGAAGUCUAGCGGGAUGGGGAAGAUCAUUGCGGGAGGUGUGGCGGGUGUGGCGCUCGGUGCGGCCGGUAUGGCGCUGUGGGACCAUGAGAAGCGUGAGGAUGAAGAGGAGGAGGAGCUCAAGGAGCGGGUGGAGAGGUUGGAGGAGGAGAAGUACCAUUCCGGCUCGAGUUCGGAUCGUGAGGAGCGGGCUUACUCGCCUCCUGUGGAUGAUUGGUAG